UUUAGUAAAACAGUGCUUUAUAUUAAUGUGUGUUUAAAUAAGAAUGUUGUGACGUGUGAUGUUGUCUAUUUAAUAACAAAAGUGCUUUGUGUUUGCGUCGUCAGAGAAAGUUACACAAAUGCUUUAGAUCUGGAAACUCUCGGCCUCGGAACACUGCAACGUAGGAUUCACGUCAGAGAGGCAAGAGUAUCUAGAUUAAAGCACAAAAAUCCCAAGCAACUAUUGGGAAUGAAAAAAAAACAACAGACACAGUGUGAUGAAUCAUAAAUGAGUGGUAUAAAUGUAUACGUCGAUGUCGGAGGUGGUGGUUGUGGUGCGCAGUGACGCGCUCGACGUGUGCCGACUUCUGGACGCCUGGUGGCAAGGACUGGUGCUGAUAGGGAAGCUGGUCCUGUGGUACUGCCGACUCUUGCAGCAGGCUGCCUAUGAGCUGAAGGUGCCUGCGGCGGCAAUGAUGGCACCGAGCGUGUUCCAAAGGACCAAAUCGCCACGCUCCUCACCCGGCAACUUGCCUAGGAAGUUACAGAAUGGCAGUGAGGCAGCUGGCCAGUCGGACCCGACCGCGGACUCCAGCCCCGGGAACUCCAUAUCUGAUGCGGAAAACUUCGAGUGUUACGGUGAAGGCGACAACGACGCUCCACCUAACACAGCGGAGAAUGGUUCUAGGAGUCCGGGCAAUCCAUUGAACAGGCAUUCUUGGACAAGAACUAGUCUUAGGCGAACACCACCCAGCCAUCAGGAGAACUUGCCGCAUCGGCGAUGGGGCUCCAUGAGACACUCUGGGAAGCGACAAAUCGGCUCCAAUGUCUUAGCUAGCCAAUUAUACCGGUCGUCGUCGUUUAACUCCUCGGGUUGCGGCUCGGGCGGGGAGCCAGCGGACGACAUGUACUCCGAUGUGUCACUAGAAGAAGACGUCCAAGGUCUCAAUUAUAAGCUACUGCAGCAGCAGGUGACGUCACUGGCGGACACUCAGAGCACCGCGGACGAGCGCUACGCGAGGGCCAAAGCCGACAAUGCGGUGCUGCAGGCGAGGGUCCACAUGCUCGACGAACAGAUACGAGAGAUCGAGUGCCGUUGUGAGGAGAGCAUAGCGGAAGAGAAGAGACGGAGUCGCGAGGCUAUAGCGCGGGUGGAGCGCGACCGGGACACACAGCUGGUGGCCAUCACUGACAGGCUCAGUGCUGCCGAGAGCGAAGCUUCAGAACUUAAACAGGAGGUGGGCAGACUUCGUGGUGUAGCAGAAACUCUUCGAGCGAACGCUGAAGUAGCGGCUCGAGCACACCGGGAAGCCCAGGAACAAGUAGCGGAGUUAUCAGCUGCUUUAAGCUCAGCUCGUGAGGCAGAGCGACGGGAGCGUGACGCGGCCGCCGCGGCCAACGCUCUGCUGGCGACUGCGCGGCAAGAGCUGCAGCGACUGCGAGACGCGCCACCGCCGCCACCUGAUCCCCGUCUCGACGAGCUCAGGAAGGAACUCACGCUGCUCCGGACGCAGAACAAAUCUUUAUCAGAGGCACAAGAAGAAUUACAAGCUCAGAUCCUGACGCGUGGAGUGGAGGAGGGCCGCAGCCUGCUGGACGGCGUCAGCGGCCCACUAGUGGGAACUAACUCACUCGCGCACGAACUCUCACAGAUGAGUGACGAUGAGCUCGAUGGUAACGAUACACAAUCUGAUCUCAGCAUAGAGAUGGAAAAGCUGCAGAAAGCUUUAAAGGAACAACAAGACGUAAAUGUUCAACUGAGGAACUACAUCGACGGGAUCUUAUUGUCUAUCGUAGAGAAUUACCCUCAGCUCCUCGAAGUGAAGUACCAACAGAAGCCGGGCGACACCAGGUCAUAACAUAUGUCUCUAGGAAAUACAAUAUCUUUAAAUAUUAAAUUUCAUUAUAAUUUGUUAUUUCAAUUAAAAUUCAAUUUAUUUGGACAUGUUUUAUCAAUAUAUUUCUAUUAUAAAUUAUCAACGUUUUAAAUUUUAUAUUUUCUUGAUGUCAAAUGAUAUUGUUACUGUGAUAAGAAAGAUAAUCGUUUAAAUUAUCGUUAAUGGCUUUCUUGUUUGUAAAGCUCAGUGUUCUGUACUUGGAAAAUAGAUUUAUAACUUAGCAAAGGAAUUCUCGAAAGAGAAACCUUGCUCCAUAUGAUAGAGGUGUCAAUAUAAUGUAAGGAGAAGUAUUGUAAAUAUUGUGUAUAGUAAAAUGUAGUAAGCAUUUCUAACUUAAGAGAAAAUAUCGUUCCUUGUUAUUAUCUCAAAAAUAAUGCUUCUUAUUCAGUUGUCGGUUAAUAUUAAGUAAUAUAUAAUUUAUUUGGAUUUUAAUUUAGAUCUGUGCAAAAUAGAUGAAUGUUAUUGAAUUAUUGUAUAAUCGACAAGGCCAGGCCGUCCAUGAAGAUAUUAAUUAUAACUACUUAAAGCAAUUUUAUGAAAGACUGUGCGAAUGAUGAACAUGGGUGCGUAGUUUGUACAUGUAUAAUGUUUUUUAUUGUUUUUUUACUACGCAAUAAAUUUACGGGUACUUCAAAAUCACUUUCAAUCCAUGACCAACUAAGGUAAUUGUAACAACCUAUAUUAUCUAAAUAUAAGGCCGCUCAUACACGAGACAACGCUAGUUUCUGAUACCCGUUAACGGUGCUUUAACGAACCAUCUGAUUUUUUAUGGCAGCAACCACUUGAAAACCAAAAGUCAUCGAUUAACAGAAACUUAAGUUACCCCGUGUACAAUAGCCAAAUAGAUAAUAACCGUAUUGAAAGCGCCUUUGAAGCAUCCUUGUAUUAUAAAUUGGAGCCAUUAUUAAGAAAUGUAUUCAUAAUUGUAAAUUACGUCUAACUAUAUACCCUAGUACCUAAAACAAUAAUUAUAUCGUAAGAAAGAUCAUGUACCUAUAUUUUUACAAUGAAAUAUUUAUAGAUAAGUUAGCAUACUGAGCAUAUAGCUAUAGGUAUUUGUGUACAUUUUGAUAACACAAUUCAUAAAUGUAAUAACAAAGGAUGUACUAUAACAGUCAUCAGAGUAAAUUAAACCAAUUAAUACAGA